AUGACGUUUUACUCAAGAAGUCCUUUCGACAGCAACUGCAGUCCCUCUUGUCAGUGAGUGUUUAAAGUGCAUAGCAUGUAUCUUUGACAUUCAUUUUUUUUCAACAGUAAGUAUUGCCAAACGUCAUUGGACUGCGUGAUGGACCUAUACUCUGUAUAACAUUUGCAGGAAGUUGCGCUGGGAAUAAUACACUCACGACGUAGUCGAUCCCGUCAGUUUUGUUUCGUGCAUCAUUGCAAACCAAAAGUUUCACCAGAUGAGAAACUGUUACAGAACGUACAGAUUCUGGUGUUAGAAUGUUAGGCAAAUUAGGUUCAUUCUAUGUCUGGACGAAUUUCAGUCUGUGGGAUAUUCCGCCCGUUAACCUGGUCGAGACACUCGAGUUAGUCAACCCUUUUUAACGAGGUUCUCCCAGCCGGGUCCACCAGGUACGGACGCAACUGCGUUCAUUUUUAGUGAGUUUGAUUUUGGUCCCUGCUAUAUCCUUUUCUUAGCAUCGUCUUCCGAAAAGUCCAAAAGCGCGGUUGCGUUCAAGCUCAUUUCCGUCUGUUUUAUAGGAUUCAGCAUGAGGCCGACCAACGCGACAUGCCAUUUGAGAUUUCUGGUCGACUAAGUGCACUUUACGCUCGGACAACGGGGAGCCGACCAAGAUCUUCGAAAUGUCAACACCUAAUUAAGCCCGUCCCGGUGAGGCCGCCUUCUUCUUCUUCUUCAUCUUCGAAUCAUCAACCUGAAUCUUUCAACUUUGCCAAUCUGAGCAAAUUUUCUGAGUCAUCAGUGCUCCAUGCAGCGCGCCGUUUGGAGAAAUUCACCCUGCGAAUUUCAUCAACUCAAGCGCAACUGCGCUUCCUCCACUGCUGUCUUGUCAACCAGUUGACCCCAAAAAGUGUCACCUACAAACCUCCUGUGAAUUCUGCUCUGCACGGGAGACUGUGA